AUGACGGGCCAGGUGGCUGAGAGAGACCGGUCCCCAAACAGCCUGUCUGUGAAGACCGCCCUGGAGGAUGAGACCGAGAGAGCCGAAGGCCUUCUGAGCAGAGUUCCAUCUCUCUGCGAUGACACGUCCUCAGAGCUGCAGAGAGUUGCUGAUCUUGAUCAAAAUGGACGUAAUUCAAGAAAUUCUUUUCAAAGGAGCGGAGCCAUCUCAAGAAUGGUGAACUUGGUGGUGAGGCUGAGGGAAUGGGCUCACCGGAAUAUGCAGGAGGAAGAGGAGAGACCGGACUCCUUCCUGGAACGCUUUCGUGGCCCUGAACUCAGAACAGCCCCGAGUCGUAACAGCAACACCCACCCAGAUGUCAACGGCAACAAUGCCAAGGGGAUCUUUUGGAAACAGUGGGAUUUGUUUGUGGUGUCCCCAUCUGAUGACAUGUACUACCGCUGGUUAUUUAUCAUCGCCUUAACCGUGCUCUACAACUGGUUCCUCGUAGUUGCAAGAGCAUGCUUCGACAAGCUGCAGUUGAACAACUACAUCUGCUGGCUGGUGCUGGACUACCUCUCUGACACUGUGUACUUCCUGGACACUUGUGUUCGACUUCGCACUGGUUUCUUGGAACAGGGUCUGCUGGUGAAGGACCACGUCAAGCUAAGGGACAGCUACGUUCGAACUCUACAGUUCAAGCUGGACAUCUUGUCCAUCCUUCCCACCGACCUGGUUUACAUCCACACUGGCAUCCACACGCCUCAACUCAGGUUCAACCGUCUGCUGCGCUUCCCACGCAUGUUCGAAUUCUUUGACCGCACCGAGACUCGCACCAACUACCCCAACAUUUUCCGCAUCUGCAACUUGGUGCUCUACAUCCUGGUCAUCAUCCACUGGAACGCCUGCAUCUACUAUGCCAUAUCCAAGUCUUUGGGAUUUGGCUCGGAUACUUGGGUGUUCCCGAACAUCUCCAGUCCUGAGUUCGCCUCUCUGUCGAGAAGCUAUGUCUACUGUCUGUACUGGUCAACUCUCACUCUUACCACCAUUGGAGAGAUGCCCGCACCCGUGCGGGACGAAGAGUAUCUGUUUGUGGUCUUCGACUUUCUCGUUGGGGUGCUGAUCUUUGCAACGAUUGUGGGAAACGUGGGCUCCAUGAUCGCCAACAUGAACGCCACCCGCGCCGAGUUCCAAGCUCGAAUCGACGCCAUCAAACACUACAUGCACUUCCGGAAAGUCAGCAGAGAGCUGGAGACACGUGUCAUCAAGUGGUUUGACUACCUCUGGACCAACAAAAAAGCAGUGGACGAGCAGGAGGUGUUGAAGAACCUUCCGAACAAACUGCGGGCUGAAAUCGCCAUCAAUGUGCACCUGGAGACUCUGAAGAAAGUCCGAAUUUUUCAGGACUGUGAGGCCGGGCUGCUGGUGGAGCUUGUGCUCAAACUACGCCCACAGGUUUUCAGUCCGGGAGACUACAUCUGCCGGAAAGGAGACAUCGGUAAGGAGAUGUACAUUAUUAAAGAAGGGAAGUUGGCUGUGGUGGCCGAUGACGGAGUCACGCAGUACGCCCUACUCACCGCUGGCAGCUGCUUUGGAGAAAUCAGCAUCUUGAACAUAAGAGGCAGCAAAAUGGGGAAUCGUCGGACGGCCAACAUUCGCAGCUUGGGUUACUCCGACCUUUUCUGCCUCUCCAAGGAUGACCUGAUGGAGGCGGUGACCGAGUACCCAGAUGCCAAGACGGUGCUGGAGGACAGGGGGCGGGAGAUCCUGAAGAAGGAGGGUCUUCUGGACGAGAACGCAGAGAGGGGCGGGCUGCAGAAAGAGGACACAGAGGAGAAGGUAGAGAGGCUGGAGUCCUCUCUGGACACCCUGCAGACUCGUUUCUCCCGUCUUCUCAGUGAAUACACAGACACUCAGCAGAGGCUGAAGCAGCGGAUCACUCUGCUGGAGCGGCAGCUGAAUCAGACGGACUGCGGCGCAGAGCCAAACAGCACAAGUGCCAGUGAACAUGAGGCUGGGGCUGACGGAUCCACAAGCGGGACACCGAAUCGGAAGGUUGUGCAAACGCCGAACAGAACAAGUCCAAAAAUAUCCCACUAA